UAAUAGGGUGACACUGGCGGAAAUAAACAUUACAAGCUCCAGUGUUAGUCGCAUGUUUUGAAUUAGCUUGAAGUUAUUGAUUAUAAUAGCGCCGCUAAUUAUUUAAUUUGUAAUUCAGCAACAAUGUCUUCAGUUGAGAGUUUGAAAGAGUUUGUCAACGAGCGACUAACUGCUGCUGCUGAAGAAAUAUUCAGAGUUUUUAAAAACACUAUCGUCGAGUACGAGGAAGAGAUCGUUCGUCAGCGCAGACUGCUGGAUAUUGUUUGGAAACCCGAAAUAAAGUUACACAGGAUAGAGCUCCCACAGCAACAUGUCUGUAUGGAGGAGGAGGUUCUGGCUGACCAGCAGCUCUGGAUUCAGGAGAGGAUCCCCGGUCUGGACCAGGAGGACCCACAGCCUCCACAGGUUAAAGAGGAACAGGAGGAACUCUGUACCAGUCAGGAGGGAGAGCAGCUUGUAGUGAAGCAGGAGACUGACACCUUUAUGUUGACUUAUGAGGAAAGUGACCACAGUGAAGCCGAACUGAAAAGUGACCACCAGCUCCUCUCUCACAACUGUCAUGUAGCUGAGAGCCAAGAUCAGAAAGAAGGCGAGCAUGAAGACUCAGGAUCAACUAGAGAUGCAGAGCCAAAACUAAAGAAUCAAGAUCACAACAGCAGAAGCCCCAGAAACAAUGUACACAAGUCUACCAUGUCAGAGGUUCACCAUGAUCCUCACACAGAGCUCCCACAGCAACAUGUCUGUAAGGAGGAGGAGGUUCUGGCUGACCAGCAGCUCUGGAUUCAGGAGAGGAUCCCCGGUCUGGACCAGGAGGACCCACAGCCUCCACAGGUUAAAGAGGAACAGGAGGAACUCUGUACCAGUCAGGAGGGAGAGCAGCUUGUAGUGAAGCAGGAGACUGACACCUUUAUGUUGACUCCUACUUAUGAGGAAAGUGACCACAGUGAAGCAGAACUGAAAAGUGACCACCAGCUCCUCUCUCACAACUGUCAUGUAGCUGAGAGCCAAGAUCAGAAAGGAGGCGAGCAUGAAGACUCAGGAUCAACUAGAGAUGCAGAGUCAAAACAAAAGAAUCAAGAUCACAACAGCAGAAGCCCCAGAAACAAUGUACACAAGUCUACCAUGUCAGAGGUUCACCAUGAUCCUCACACAGGUAUAAACUCUUUCAAAUGUGACACAUGUGGAAAACAGUUUCAAUACAAGUCAGAAUUUCAGAGACACCUGAGAAUUCACACAGCUAUAACAUUUUCCACAUGCAACACAUGUGGAAAGGUUUUUCACUACAAGUCAGAAAUGAGGAGACACAUGAGAAUGCACACAGGUGAGAGGCCGUAUUCAUGCAAAACAUGUGGGAAAGACUUCACUACUACCACUUCAUUGUUAUGCCAUACAAGAACCCACUCAGGUGAGAAGCCGUUUUCCUGCGAAACAUGUGGGAAAUCUUUUAGCCGGAGGAAUAACUUGCAAGUCCACAUGAAAACCCACACAGGUGAGAAGCCGUAUUCUUGUGAAACAUGUGGGAAAAACUUCAGAAUCAGCAGUCAUUUGCAACUCCAUAUUAGAACCCACACUGGUGAGAAGCCGUACCUUUGCAAGACCUGCAGGAAAAGAUUCAGUGACAUUUCAGCAUUGAGAAGACAUACAAGACUCCACACAGAGCUCCCACAGCAACAUGUCUGUAAGGAGGAGGAGGAGGAGGAGGAGGUUCUGGCUGACCAGCAGCUCUGGAUUCAGGAGAGGAUCCCCGGUCUGGACCAGGAGGACCCACAGCCUCCACAGGUUAAAGAGGAACAGGAGGAACUCUGUACCAGUCAGGAGGGAGAGCAGCUUGUAGUGAAGCAGGAGACUGACACCUUUAUGUUGACUCCUACUCAUGAGGAAAGUGACCACAGUGAAGCAGAACUGAAAAGUGACCACCAGCUCCUCUCUCACAACUGUCAUGUAGCUGAGAGCCAAGAUCAGAAAGAAGGCGAGCCUGAAGACUCAGGAUCAACUAGAGAUGCAGAGCCAAAACUAAAGAAUCAAGAUCACAACAGCAGAAGCCCCAGAAACAAUGUACACAAGUCUUCCAUGUCAGAGGUUCACCAUGAUCCUCACACAGGUAAAAACUCUUUCACAUGUGACACAUGUGGUAAAGGUUUUCAGUACAAGUCAGAAUUUCAGAGACACCUGAGAAUUCACACAGGUGAGAGGCCAUAUUCAUGCAAAACAUGUGGGAAAGACUUUAGAACCAGAGAUCACUUGCAACACCAUGUAAGAACCCACACAGGUGAGAAGCCAUUUUGUUGCGAAACAUGUGGGAAAUCUUUUAGCCAGAGGAGUAACUUGCAAGUCCACAUGAAAACCCACACAGGUGAGAAGCCGUAUUCUUGUGAAACAUGUGGGAAAAACUUUAGAAUCAGCAAUCACUUGCAACUCCAUAUUAGAACCCACACAGGUGAGAAGCCGUACCUUUGCAAGACCUGCGGGAAAAGAUUCAGUGACAUUUCAGCAUUGAGAAGACAUACAAGACUCCACACAGGUGAGAAGCCAUAUUCUUGUAAAAUAUGUGGGAAAUCUUUCACUGUUAGUGGUCAAUUGAAAACCCACUUAAGAAAAGAACACACAGGUGAGAAGCCAUAUUCUUGCAAAACAUGUGGGAAAGACUUCACUACUACCACUUCAUUGUUAUGCCAUACAAGAACCCACUCAGGUGAGAAGCCGUUUUCCUGCGAAACAUGUGGGAAAUCUUUUAGCCAGAGGAGUAACUUGCAAGUCCACAUGAAAACCCACACAGGUGAGAAGCCGUAUGUUUGUGAAACAUGUGGGAAAAACUUCAGAAUCAGCAGUCACUUGCAACUCCAUAUUAGAACCCACACUGGUGAGAAGCCGUACCUUUGCAAGACCUGCGGGAAAAGAUUCAGUGACAUUUCAGCAUUGAGAAGACAUACAAGAUUCCACACAGGUGAGAAGCCAUAUUCUUGUGAAAUAUGUGGGGAAUCUUUCACAAUUAGUGGUCAAUUGAAAACCCACUUAAGAAAAGAACACACAGGUGAGAAGCCGUAGCUUUGCACGACGAAAUUAUGUGUUGAUGUGCCUGAUUUGACACAACACAGAAGGCAGCAUACAGACAAGAAAUCUUGUGGGAGACUAUUCAGUUCUAGAGGUUUGUGGUCAAAACACACAAGAACUCAUGGAAGUGAAGAACUGCAUAAGUGCAGAAUCAUGUACCUGAAAACACCUGAGGAUCAAAAUACAGAGGAGAAACCAUCGAGUUGAAACUCCUGUGGAGACGUGUUCACCUGUGAAUGAAAUACACUUUUGCAAUAGCUACAUCUCUCUAAUGAAUGUACAAUGUUUUCUGUAAUAUGAGAUUUCAAAAUUUCCCUUCAUAUGACUGUAUUACUUAUAUUUCUGUUUGUAGCAUAAUGUUUUUGAAACAAUUGUGAUCUCCAAAAUGGAGGCAACUAUGUAGUUUCCCAGUGAGUGCACAGUAGUGGCUGACAAUCUGACACAAAAUAGUUCAACCUCAACCAACAACAAAAGUAAAACCCUGCUUUAAAUUAAUGCACGAGGAAUAAUACUCUGAUUAGAAGAUAUAUAAUAGUAUAACAGUCACAGGGGACAUUUAUCAGAUUUCAUGCUGUGAGUACUUUUGCUUUUAAUACUUUACGUGUAUUUUUCUAAUUAUACUAACAUACUUUUAUCUUAGUAACAUUCUUUUACUUGUAACAGAAUUUUUACAGUGAGGUAUUAGAACUUUUAUAAGUAAAUGAUCUGAGCACUUCAGCCACCAUUGUUGUAAUAAAUCCUGAUGGUUUCAUUUCCUUCCUGCCUGACUUAUCUUCUGAUUUAGCCUCAUCCUCUCAGUAUAUGUUCUACACUCUGUGAUUUUUAACUCCAAACAUUCAUCUGAUUGACUUUUACUUAAUAAAAACAAUGACUUUCUUUAA